GACAGCGCUGCUAGUAGCCUUAAAGCUACAUACCACCAGUGAUGCCUGCUAACUACCUCGGCCACGUCUGCCUGGUAUUGUUAUAACAGUGUAAGACAAUGGGGCUGUCACAAAGCUCGUUUUUGCUAGACUCUGGGACAAACUGCGGCUACCAUGUCCAUGGGGUGCAACAUGAUUCUCCUGCUCUUAAGGCGGGUCUGGAGCCUUUCUUUGACUUCAUUCUUUCUAUUGGCAAUACCAGACUGAAUAAAGAAAGUGAUUUACUGAAAGACCUACUAAAAGCCAAUGUGGAGAAAGCAGUCAAACUUGAAGUGUACAACUCCAAAACCCAGAGGGUGAGAGAGCUGGAGGUGACACCCAGUAACAUGUGGGGAGGCCAGGGUCUGCUGGGUGCCAGUGUCCGCUUCUGCAGCUUUGAGGGGGCCAACGAGAACGUGUGGCAUGUCCUGGAUGUGGAAGAAAAUUCACCUGCUGCCUUGGCUGGCCUUAUUGCCUUUGAUGACUAUAUUGUGGGAGCUGACCAGGUGUUACAAGAGUCCGAGGAUUUCUACUCUUUGAUUGAAGCCAGUGAAGGAAAACCUUUAAAACUGCUUGUGUACAACAAAGAAACUGGCCAAUGCAGAGAAGUGGUGGUGACUCCAAAUGGUGCAUGGGGAGGAGAGGGCAGCUUAGGCUGUGGUAUUGGCUAUGGCUAUUUGCACCGGAUCCCAACUCACCCAGUUCCACCAAAGUCAGAGGAGGAACACAUGCAGAAGAAUGUUGUGCAGGAUGUAGAGCCUGUUUGUCAUGACCACUCAGAGGUGCCUUCUGAUAUCAGCGGAAUAGAUCUGAGUCAGAUUAAAGAAGCUGUGCAAGACCUCAAUCUACCUCUCACAAUGGAUCAAAACACAGCUUCUGACACUUCCAACCUGCCUGAAGUGACAACCCCGGAUUUAUCAGACAUGGUCUCCACUGGUCACGUGGAGAACAGCUCAAUGUUUGCAAAUUAUGGAGAUGCAGAUUCCUGUGAUCAGUUAAGCCUCGAAAACUUCUCAUCUGAUCCAAGGCCUUUAUCUCCAGAGAAGGAUGAGCAGUCAGACCUCCAGGGUGCAGAGGAGGCCUUAAAUGUGGACCACAGCACUGUUCCGACCACAGAGGAUCCGGGUGAGCUGGGUGCACCCAUUACCACUAAAGAAUCGCUGUGUCUCCCUGAGGUGCCUCAGUCUGAGCCAGCCCCUCCAGAUCACACUGAAGAAGACUUGAACUCUGCAGUUUCGGACAAUUAACAAGUACUAUAAAGAGUAUGGCACAGUAAAUAAGCUUUAUUUAGUAUUGUUUUCUUAUUUUAUUAUAUGCAAGUGCCACUGAUUCAUGCUAGGACUUACAUAAAAGCCAUUAGGUGGAGGAACAUUAUGCAUCAUACAAGAUUAAUGUAGUUUUAAAAUAUUGUCUUACCUGUAAUUUUAGUUUGAAUCUAAGUUUGCACUACAAAGCCUAAGAUGAUGCUGCUGGCUUCAGGCUCAUAAAGAAUGUUGAGAAGGUUAAAACACUGACAUAUUUUUAAAUGUUCAUAUUUUUACUAUGACACAAAAUUGAUGGCUGGAGAGAUUUUAUUGUUCAAAAUAUAAUGUACCAUGUUAAAAGUGUAAUUGUUGAAAAGUUCCUCUUUUAUUUUAAUAAUCUAAUUGUGUUUAUUUGCUGAUUUUUCAUUGUCAUUUUAAUUUAUUUGAUUUAUGUUUUAAAAUCAAAUGGAAUCAUACUUCUCAGGAUAACAAUAGAAUAAAUAAUUUGCUUUCUCUUCCUGG